CCCAUCUGUGUUCUCCCAUCCAAACAAGAAAGAAGAAGUAGGGCGAAGAUUGAUAAAAAAAAAAAAAAGGGGAAUUAAUCGGCGGCGGCGAGGUGCAGCGACUGUUCUCCGAGGGACCGAUAAUCGGCGGCCCGUAUUUAACGAUCAAGAUCGGGACUGAAACUGGUCUUCUCUGAUUGAAAUCUAGAAGAAGAAGAAAUCGGAUUCGAAAACCGUUUUUUGAAUCGCUUUCCUUCGGCGAGGUUAUGAAGGAUUUGGAUGUUGUGAAGUGACGGAAUCUCUUCGUUGUUGGUCGAUUGGAUUCGUUUUGAGACCACCGCGGCGGCGGAGGCGGCGGCGGAUUUGUUGAGAGUUUGAAGGAAUCAGGCUUGUUAGGCAGAAAACUCUUCAAAAACGUAUUUCCUUUGGAGGGUUCUAAGAAAAAAUCUUACAGAGUCCUCAUCAGAAACCAAAUCAUUACUAAUUUCUGUGCUUGCACUGGGGGUAUACCCACCUCUUUGGUGCAAAGUGGAAAGAAAGUAAGGACUGCAUCUUGCAGAACUUGUGGUGGCAGACAAACAGUUGAUGGGAGUACAUCUCUCUGUCAAAGCAUGAUGAAUACAGUACGUGUGGAACUUACAAAAUCUAUUAGUCCUGACUUGAACUGGAAGGUUUCAAAGGGUUAUCGGAGUUCAUCAAGGCGGUCAAGGAAACCUGUUGACAAAAACCAAAAAUUGGGUGCAGAGCUAGCAGAGAAAAGUGCUAGAAGUGCAUCAGAAGCAACAGUUUCUGAAUCAGAGAAGGGUGUGGCUGUAUGUGGAAGACGAUUGGGUGACAAAAUUGAGCAUGUACCAAUUAAGAAACGGAGACUUAUGGUCCGGUCUCCAUCACCCCCUCCACACCUUGAAGACAACAAACCACUAUUGGAUGGCCGUCAUUCUUCAGGUCAUAAGUCUUGUGCAAAAUCAGUUGGCAAAAAGCAUCCCACAAGGAGUGAUACGUCUACCCUGACUAGGGUCAGCCAUAAUAUAGCCGGUAGCGGUGUUAUUGAGAAUUUGAAUGCGAUGACAAAUCAAAAGCCUGGUGACGUGGAUGACUUCUCUGGUAUUGAGAUAUUGGCAGCUGCUGCCUGCAACAACAGCAUAAAUGAUGAUAUCAAUCAUGUUGUAAAGAAUCAAGUGGGUGAAGAUUCAUCUCGGGAUGCAAAAGAUGCAUCAACUUCUGCAAGGCCCUUGGAGCAAACCACCAUUGCGUCAACUUCUUCAACAGUCAUGAGAACUGCUUCAGAAUUUUCAGAAGCAAGAGAUGCAUCAGUCUCUGCAAUCUUGGAAGAAAGUAGUGCGUCAUUGGAAACGGUACAUUCACUCCCUAAAGAUGUACGACGAGAAGAUAAAGUAGGGAGCUCCUCUUUCGAGGCUGAGGGGAUUAAUACCACCAAAGCACACGACGAAGCAGGAGCAAGAUCCAGUUCCUCAAAAGAUGUUAGGUUCCACUGGGACCUAAAUGUUGGUAUGGAUGCUUGGGAGGAACCUUCUGAUAUGGUGAUUGCUGAUCCUCAAACAACUGCUGCAGAUGAUAUCUCCAUGGAUAAUAAGCAGGGUGCAAAUUUCCAGGCUUCAGAAGGUAAUGAGAUACCAAAGGAGGAAGAUGCAAAGAAUGACAUUGCAAGCACAGUGAAGAAGCCCAUGUCUGACAAUGAGGAACAGGGAUUGAAAGCGUGCCCUGAAUUUGAGUUGAGUUAUGGUAAAUGUGUUUCUACUGAUAAUGCUUUGGGAUCUUCAAAAGAUUCUGGUAGCGGUGCAAAAGCUUCCCCUCAGGAUGCCAGUGUGGAUGCAUGCAUUGAUCCUUCUCCUUGCCCUGAGUUUGAGUUGAGUUAUGGUAAAUGUGUUUCUACUGAUAAUGCUUUGGGAUCUUCAAAAGAUUCUGGUAGCGGUGCAAAAGCUUCCUCUGAGGAUGUCAGUGUGGAUGCAUGCAUUGAUUGUUCUCCUUGUGACAUAGCAGCCACAUGCCCUGUGUCUGAGGAGACCGACAAAACACUGAUUUCCAGCUUUCCUGUUAAGCAUAUGACAGGAGAUACUGCUUCUGGUGAACUACUGGGUGAAACUGUCUGUUCGGAGAGUGUUAAGGUUGAAAACCCUGCUUUAGCUUGUGUGCCAGAGGGGGCACCUUGUGAGAUUGAAAGCACUGUUCUGGAUGAAGAUGGCAAGUGCUCUGGUGCAACAUCUAGCGCCCAUGAUGAUCCAGAAUCUCCGGAAGAGACGAAGGGUGGAGAAAGCUGUCACUCACUCUCACCCGUUCUCCUUGAUGUCAAGCCUGUGGCUAAAGCAGAAGAUGUGGCUAUUCACCAUUCCAAACUUGAUGUCAAGCCUGUGGCUAAAACAGAGGAUGUGGCUGUUCACCAUUCCAAACUUGAUGUCAAGCCUGUAGCUAAAACAGAGGAUGUGGCUACUCACCAUUCCAAACAUGAUUCUAAUGAUAAAUCUGCAUCUGUUGGAGAAGGCCGAUCUCUGGUGGCUGUAAUUGCAAAGGAGCCAGUAGAAGCUGCAUCAGGUGCAUCUGUUGGAGAAGGCCAAUCUCUGGUGACUGUAAUUGCAAAGGAGCCAGUAGAAGCAGCCUCUGACACUCAUACUGUUGAUUCUCUGCCAAAUGAUGGUUCUGCGGAAGUAGUGCAUAAACCUUCGGGGGAUCCCAUGAUGAAUCCAGCAGCUGCUGCUGGGUCCUUUCUUGAGCAAUGCCACUAUGGUGAAGGUACCUCACGUAGCUUGGGUAGAGCCACUAACGAUCCUUCCAGUGAUGAUUAUGACUUGAAUACUCGUCAAGAUGAUAAUGAUCACAUGGUUGGUGAGGGAAACACUGUGGAACCUGCAGCUGGUUACGACUCUCAGUAUGAAGAUGGGGAGCUGAGGGAGUCAUAUGUACCAUAUUGGGAGGAGAAUGAAAUUGAUGACGUAGAAGUUGAAUGUGUUGACUACGGUUCUGAUACAUGUGACAGUGAAGCUGAUGAUGACUCUGUAUCAGGGAAAGUUGGAAUGGGACUUGAAUGCAGAGAAACUGAAUUAUUUGGGGAGUCGAGGAAAAUUAACAGUAACAUGAAGCUUGUGAGAGGAUUGAGUCCAGGAUCUGAUAAUACGUGUGAGAAAAACGAACAUGCUUUGAGACAAUGUUCCAUUGGCUCGAAGACGAAAACUUCUGGAUCUGAUCAAUUGCCUGGUGAUUCUGAAGCUUCUUCAAACAGAACUGCGGAAGCAAUUGAGGGGUGCACAGUAAGGAGACAUGCUGUUAAUAGCUUCGAUUGUCAUGAUGCUAAACAUUCUCCUGCCAACGUGGUUGGAUCAAUGGCAUCUGACUCCUCAAAUAAGAUGGGUACUGAAUGUGCAAGAAGGAGGAGGUUGGGCAACUUUGAUUCUUUUCGCUCCGAGGAAGCUGGUUCCAAUCAAUCCAUGGGAAGGGAAAAGUCUGAUUCACGUAUGCAGGGUAAAAGUUUCGGAGAUGUGGUUAAAUCUUCAGGGAGUUAUUGGGAUUCCAAGGGCCGCGAAUCACCCACUUAUCGUGGUUCCUUUGGUUCUGGACGCUCUAGACCAAGAAUUGUUGUUGAGAACCAUGGUUAUGAGAUGGAAUCAGACGACACAUUUUCAGAAGCAGCAGGAGUUCACAACCGUGUUCGCAGGCAAGCUAUAACUUUUUCAUCAAAUCGUUCGUAUCAUCCCGUGUUUAGAAGAUCAUCACCAUCUGAAAGGAAUAAUGCACACAAUAUGCAUAGGGGAAUGAUACCUAUGAGAGAUACAAGUCCUGAUAGACGAAGGUUUAGACGAUAUCCACAAGGGGUUAACAGAGGCAUCAGGGAGGAGUACCACAGGCCCAUGCCCGAUGAUCCCAACGAAUGCUCUUAUAAUGUGCCACGACGAAUGCCCAGGAGAGAACAAAGCACUUCACCCCCUGGCAGAGGACCUAUAUAUUAUAGUAGACCCUAUCAGAAGCCCCAGUCUCGAUGCAGAAGUCGCUCUCCUCUUGGAUGGGGUUUACCGAGAGAACGGAAUGAUAUUUCAAGACAUCGUGGUAGCAGGUCUCCUGAUUAUAGGUUUGAUUCUAAUAUGGAGCUGAGGGUGCCUUUCCAAAGGCAAAAUUUCGGAGGGGCGGGAGAUUUGCUGGAAGACGGUUCCAGCCAGGACAGAGGUUUGACUCAGAGCGUACAUCUCGGAGAUUGA